CUCUCCAAGAUAAAAUGGCAAACCCCAAAGAGAAAACUCCAAUGUGUCUGGUAAAUGAGUUAGCCCGUUUCAAUAGAGUCCAACCUCAGUAUAAACUUCUGAAUGAAAGAGGGCCUGCUCAUUCCAAGAUGUUCUCAGUGCAGCUGAGUCUUGGUGAGCAGACAUGGGAAUCCGAAGGAAGCAGUAUAAAGAAGGCCCAACAAGCGGUAGCUAAUAAAGCUUUGACUGAGUCUGCACUUCCGAAACCAGUUCAGAAACCACCCAAAAGUAAUGUUAAUAAUAAUCCAGGCAGUAUAACUCCAACUGUGGAACUGAAUGGGCUUGCUAUGAAAAGGGGAGAGCCUGCCAUCUACAGGCCGUUAGAACCAAAGCCAUUUCCAAAUUAUAGAGCUAAUUACAACUUUCGGGGCAUGUACAAUCAGAGGUAUCAUUGCCCAAUGCCUAAGAUCUUUUAUGUUCAGCUGACUGUAGGGAACAAUGAAUUUUUGGGGGAAGGAAAGACUCGACAAGCUGCUAGACAUAAUGCUGCGAUGAAAGCUCUUCAAGCACUCCAGAAUGAACCUCUUCCCGAAAAAUCGCCUCAGAAUGGAGAAUCAGGAAAAGAAAUGGAUGAUGACAAAGAUGCAAAUAAAUCUGAGAUCAGCUUAGUGUUUGAAAUUGCUCUGAAGCGAAAUAUGCCCGUCAGUUUUGAGGUUAUUAAAGAAAGUGGACCACCUCAUAUGAAAAGCUUUGUUACUCGGGUGUCAGUGGGUGAAUUCUCUGCAGAAGGAGAGGGAAAUAGCAAAAAACUCUCCAAGAAACGUGCAGCAACCACUGUCUUACAGGAGCUUAAAAAACUUCCACCUCUUCCUGUAGUUGAGAAGCCAAAAUUAUUUUUUAAAAAACGCCCUAAGACCAUAGUAAAGGCUGGACCAGAAUACGGUCAAGGAAUGAACCCCAUUAGCCGCCUGGCUCAAAUUCAACAGGCCAAAAAAGAAAAGGAACCAGAUUAUGUUUUGCUUUCAGAAAGAGGAAUGCCCCGACGUCGAGAAUUUGUGAUGCAGGUCAAGGUAGGCAAUGAAGUUGCUACUGGAACAGGACCAAAUAAAAAGAUAGCCAAAAAAAAUGCAGCGGAAGCAAUGCUUUUACAACUUGGUUACAAAGCAUCCACUAGUCUUCAAGAUCAACUUGACAAGACAGGGGAAAACAAAGGAUGGAGUAGUCCAAAGGCUGGGUUUCCUGAACCAACAAGUAACACUCCAAAAGGGAUUCUUCAUUUGUCUCCUGAUGUUUAUCAAGAGAUGGAAGCCAGCCGCCACAAAGUAAUCUCUGGCACUAGUCUAGGCUAUUUGUCACCCAAAGAUAUGAACCAACCUUCAAGUUCUUUCUUCAGUAUAUCUCCCACAUCGAAUAGUUCCGCUUCAAUUGCAAGGGAACUCCUUAUGAAUGGAACAUCUCCUACAGCUGAAGCCAUAGGUUUAAAAGGAAGUUCUCCUACUCCCCCUUGUUCUCCAGUACAACCUUCAAAACAGCUGGGAUAUUUAGCAAGGAUUCAAGGCUUUCAGGCAGCUUUAAGUGCUUUGAAGCAAUUUUCUGAACAAGGAUUGGAUCCAAUGGAAGGAGCAAUGAAUAUUGAAAAAGGUUCUCUUGAAAAACAAGCCAAGCAUCUGGGAGAGAAAGCAGACAAUAACCAGGCACGCCUGGGCUCCAUCGCUCAGGACUGCAAGAAAUCAAAGUCGGGCAUCUAGCAGAUCCCAGCACCACGGCUGCCACCGCAUCCUUAUAAACCUGUCAGCACGCAUGAGGGUGUCUGUGUUCAAGGAAAUGAAUGACUAAUACCAUUAUUUGAGUCUUAUGUGAAGACAACACUAUUCUAAUGCAAGAGAUAAUAUACAUGGUACUGUUUAUUCAACUGAGGGAAAAUAAAACUUUGAGCAUUUCCCUUGGAACUUGAUAUCAGAUCAUAACUCUUUUGCCCAGAGGCAGCAGAAAUCCGAUCCUGCUACUGGAGUUUAAAAUAACAAUUAAUGUGAAGUGCUAGUAACAGAGGUAAAUUUUUUAAAGGAUUAAUCGAGAAGUUGGGUUUGAUUCUGUUGAUGCGAUUGUUAUGUCGUGGGGCUUGUAUUCAUGUAUAUUUGCGCUCUCUCUUUUUCUCAAUAAUGCUUGACAGUUUUGGACAUUAACCAAUGAUGUGCUGUGGAAUGUGAUGGUUGUUUUCAUAUAGAACCAUGCAGUUUCUCUUUUUAUGCAGAUAUUUGUAACCUUCAUCUUGUAUCAAUACAAAUAAGUUCAAGGUACACUACUCAAAGAUAUAUAAACACAGUAAUGUUUAAACCCAAUCAGGUAUUUGACUACAGAUACAAAAUAUGUUAGAAGCAACUAGUUUCACUAUACUCCAGGAAUUAUAAAGUACAACCAGUGGUGGGUUUUGAGCUCCAUGAUACUAUUUGCAACUAAAGAGGUGUCUUGCUUCUAAAAACGAUUUCUCUGGAUUUCAAGUUCUGUUGUGUAGAUUGUACCCACUCCCAUCCAUGUGUCGUAGCCACUCACUGUUUGCACCCAAGGAGUGUUCUUAAGUACUGCCUUUGGACUUAGGACAGUGAGUAGGAUCAAAAUAAAUAUGUACAUGGUGGAGAAGAGAAAGCCUGUUUGAGGGACCUGAAAAGAAAUCUCACCAGUUUAUAGCCAAUCACGCUUGGGAUCAGCAUGUUGGAAUCCAGCGUGUAGCAAAUGCAGUAAAAAUUUGAUUGGUUGAUGUGUGAAA